AUGCCACGUUUCCCCAAGGAUACAGGAUUCCAGACUAGCGAACAUAAACCUGAAGAUGUGAAGAACCCAUCUGUUCAGUCCAAGAACCGCCGAAGGCGAUAUCUGGACCUGCAUCCAGAGUAUUUCUCGGCAGAGCUCGAACUAGCCGACCCAUUGCUUUACGAUCGUCUUAUUCGCCGAUUUCUGACACCACAGGAGAGAGAAGCACAGGGCCGAGAGAGGGGCUUCUCGGGCGUGCUGCAGGCAGAUUUAAUGCGGUCUGAAGCCAAGAUGGAAGCGCUUGCACAACCUGAUCCCCGCUCUAUGUUCAGUUAUACGCGCGGUCCCAAUGGAGAAAUUCUUGCCGAAGACCGAGAUGAUAUCCCCUCCAGCAAGGAGGAGGGCCAAAAGCGCUGGCAGUGGGAGAUGAGUCUACGUUUCAUCAGAGGCGAUGAUUCUGAUUUUGAGUACAAAACCGUCGAUCAGAACGAUGAAUACGAUGAUUGGUCCAUGCAUCAAGACAAAUACUUCGAUGAGGAGGAGCCUGAGGUCGAUGAAGAUUCGCAGCUUGAGGGCGAAACGGGUAUUCAAGAUUUUUGA